CUCCGCGUGGGGGCUUUUAAAUCUUGUCUCGGGCGUUGUCUGAUAGCAGCCCUUAGACUGCUGUACACGUUGCUGUCUCCAUCUGGAGGCACGGUUCCCUGCAUAGAAAGUUCGCUCGCGGAUGGACUGGCUCGCCAUAUGUCUCUCGAAUGGCGCGAUCUCACCGCCUUGACUCACCGCAUGGCCAUUCGCGACAACAUUCCUACAGCAACCGUGAACAAAACUCCUAGACGCGGCAUUAGUCACCCAUUCUUGGAUCCACGCUCUUUUGAGCUUCGCAUCGCUAGAGUGACAUUAUGUGUAGAUUCAUGGUAUACAAGGGCAAGGAUGAGAUUCUCCUCUCGGAGCUCAUUCUCAACCCAACUCAUUCAAUUCUCACACAGUCCUUUGACUCGCGCCUGCGCCUUGAUACGCGCCGCCCGCAUAACGGCGAUGGCUUCGGCAUUGGCUACUACACCUCACCCUCCCUAGGCCCCGAGCCCUGCGUGUUCACCUCCACGAUUCCAGCAUGGAACUGCAUCAACCUCUCGCGUAUCGCGUCCAAGACUACAUCCAGCCUGAUCUUUGCACACGUCCGCGCCACCACCGAGGGCAACCUGAGCGAUCAGAACUGCCACCCGUUCUCAUACAAGCGGCUGAUGUUCAUGCACAAUGGGGGCAUCGGUUCAUUCAAGCGCAUCAAGAUGAAGCUUGCCAUGUCGCUCAACGAGCGUUGGUUCACAUUGGUGCAGGGCUCGACAGACUCGGAGUGGGCCUUUGCGCUGUUCCUGGAUUGUCUUGACAAGGCCGGCCAUGACCCGGAUACAGAUGCUGGAUUCGGGCACUCAGUGCUGAGAAAGGGUAUUUUAAGGACUAUCGAGCGGAUUAAUGCGCUGAUCAAAGAGGUAGUGGACCGGGACCUCGUGGGUGAAGAGGAUAGCAGGAGUCUCUUAAACUUCGCGGUCACAGACGGAGAAAGCGUAGUAUGUUCGCGCUAUGUGAGUUCGCGGACGGAUGAGGCAGCAAGCCUAUUCUGGAGCAGUGGUACAAGCUGGAAGGAGUCGAGCGCAUCGACUAAACCGUCUGCUGAGCCAGGGCAGAAGGACUAUGUUAUGGAGCGUCGGGACAAGGGCUCCGACAUUGUGCUCGUUGCGAGUGAGCCUUUGACAUUUGAAAGAGACAACUGGGUCACUGUCCCGACCAAUUCCACCGUAACCAUUCACAAGCAGACCGUCAUGAUACAUCCCAUUAUCGACGACUUUUACUCUCCAAAUCCCGCACAUACUCGGUCUGCUGGGUUCGCCCAAGCUAAAGGACAGACUAUUACGGGCCCUGAUAAAGUUGUUUUACAGGAGCGCGUGAACGGCGAGGGGAGUGGCAAUGGGAGUCCGGAUCCCAGGAGCAAGGAGGUGAUCAGAGAGGCUAUAAGUAGGCUAUCGGUGGGUUAGAGGUGUUGGAGAAAGACGUACUUUCGCAGAGCCCCGCAAUGACAUCAGCGCUCUCACUACGACAGGUCUUUUAUAUUUGAAAUGCGGUUGAGGGAAAGCUGUAUGAACAGAGCCCGCCAUUGCUUUCGCAUCAAGUAUGGGACUGUCAUUAGCCGUGUAUUUGAGACUGCCCAUAGUCAAGACCAAGGCAAG